AUGCAAGAGGUGGUCUGCAGGGGGCUUGGCUGUGGGCUCCUUCAGUCCUCCAGGGGCGCUCUAUGGAGUCAUGGAGGCUCCAUGUGUGACCAAAAGUUCCAGUGUAGAGGCCAUGAGUCCUGCCUGCUGGACUGUGACAGCUCAGAUAGAAACACUGCUCUUCUGGUAAGCUGCGGACUCACCUGCUCAGAGCCUGAUGAUGUCAGGUUGUCAGGAGGAGCCAGUAGCUGUGCUGGUACGCCAGAGAUGAAACAACAGGGACAGUGGAGACCAGUGGUGGACUGGGAUUCUGAAUGGGACCAGAAAUUAUCAUCUGCAGUGUGUAAACGGCUGGACUGUGGUUCUGCUGUUUCCAUAAACAUAAGCAACAGCUCUUCAGAAACACCUGUGUGGGGGAUCAGUGGUUCUUGUGUUCAGUCUGAUUGGAUGGGACGGGAGUGUUUAUCUGUAACAAGUUCCAAGACAAGCUCCAGGAACCUGGAGGUGGUCUGCUCAGAUUUGCUGGCUCAGCCAAACAUCUCCUUCUCCACCCACAUUGACGGGGUUUCUGAGGCCACGCAGCAGGGACUGCGAGUGCUCAUGGGCUCCGACUUCACCAUCAGCUGCUCCAUCCUGCCCCAGUACCCAGGAGGCUCCUUCCAGCUCAUCUUCAACACCCCCGACCCAGAGCAGAAGAACUACACCCUGCCAGCUGUCAAUCACUCGGCCCACUUCCUGUUCUCUGCUGCAGACCCCACCCACCGGGGGGAGUACCGCUGUGUUUACCACCUCUAUGUUUUCUCCCAUAACUUCUCAUCUGAGAGCCGGCCGCUCCAUCUCACUCUCGCAGGUAACGUUAUAGACAAUCUAGAUCAAAUGACUGCAUGGAAUACAUGCAUCAGAUAUUAUUUGACUAGAUUAGAUAAACAGUCAUGA